UGGGCUCAACAGUGAGUUGCUUUAUCUCUUUUCUCCUCCUUUUUCCUUUCUUGAUUUUGAUUUGCACCGAGAAAAGAAGAAAAGGGCACAGCUUUUUUACUAGCAGAACUUUUUACAAACUUCUCAUUCCAAGUAUAAGAAGCAAUAAUCUUGGUUCUCUUGUGUGAGAAGGUUUUGAGCAGUGGUUCAAGAUCAGAUUUUGUUAAAAAGAAAAUGGUGACUUUCACAGCAAUACCUUCGCCAUCAUCAGUUUUCUCAGCAUAUGCCUCAUUAUCAGCUUCUAUUAUGCUGUUUCAGACAGUGCUAAAUCAAUUUGUACCCCGUCCGGUACAAAACUGUAUUUCCUCUGCCAUCAGGUACUAUUUCAAGCCUAGGUCCUCUAAGUUGGUUGUAGUUAUUGAGGAGAAUGAUGGGAUAUCAAACAAUGAAAUAUACAAUGCUGCUGAAAUAUAUCUCUACAGCAAGAUUGAUUCCAGCAUUGAAUGUCUCAAGAUCACCAAACGUCCCAAAGAGGCAAGCAUAAACAUCAAAUUUGCUCACUGUGAAAAAAUGGUUGAUUACUAUGAUGGGGUUGAAGUUGGUUGGAGGUUCUGUUGUGAAGAGAGGAAAAAGGGUCCUUCAAAGCUUGUGGAUGAUGAUUCUGGUCAUUUUUUCUCAGACUUCGAGAAAAGAUACUUUGAGCUUAGUUUUAACAGAAAGCACAAGGAAAAGAUUUUGGGCUCCUAUGUUCCUUACGUCCUACAAAGAUCCAAGGACAUCAAAGCUGAAAAGAAGGUUGUAAAGUUGCAUACUUUGUCUUCCAUCUCUUAUUCACCAUCAAUAGCGUGGGAAUCCAUCAACCUCGAACAUCCCUCCACCUUUGACACGAUCGCAUUGGAUGCAAAGCUGAAGAAAGCAAUUACUGAAGAUUUGGAUAGAUUUGUAAGGAGGAAAGAUUUUUACAGGAAGGUCGGGAAAGCAUGGAAAAGAGGCUACUUGUUGCAUGGCCCUCCAGGGACAGGAAAGUCGAGUUUGAUAGCUGCAAUAGCUAACUAUCUGAGGUUUGAUAUAUAUGAUCUUGAGCUUGCAAAUAUAAAACGUGACUCUGAUUUGAGGAGAUUGUUGCUCAAGACUGCAAAUCGUUCCAUACUCGUUAUAGAAGAUAUUGAUUGCGGUGUGGAGUUGCCUGAUAGAAAGGGGCCAUCUGCACAUGCAGAGGGACGUCCAAGGGAACCCCAGGUUCGAUCAUGCCGGUUUACGCUGUCAGGGCUGUUGAACUUCAUAGAUGGUCUGUGGUCUAGCUGCGGGGAUGAGCGAAUCAUCAUAUUCACAACCAACAACAGGGACAGGCUUGAUCCAGCAUUGCUGCGUGCAGGGCGAAUGGACAUGCACAUUUCGAUGUCAUAUCUAACAGCUGAAGGGUUCAAGAUCUUGGCCACCAAUUACCUGGAUAUCAAAGAUCACCAUUGGCAGUUUGAGGAGAUAGGAGAAUUGAUCGAGAGCAUGAAUGUCACUCCAGCAGAAGUUGCGGAAGAACUGAUGAAGAGUGAUGAUGCUGAUGUUUCCCUGGGAGGACUGCUUAACUUUCUCAAUGUCAAGAGGAAGAAGAUGAAUGAUGAUGAUGAUGAUGGUGAUGGAACGAAAGAUAAAGGGAGUGAUGAAAUUGAUCAGGUCCAGAAAGGGAAAAAGCUUAAGCUUGACAUCAACACAGAUGAACUUCCUCGUUGAAGAAUCAAAUAUUCAUCAGGCAUGACUUCUUUUCAGAUGCGGGAUCUUGCUAGAUGAAGAAGCUUUUACAGUCGGGAAUUCCAAGUGCUAGUAACGCUCAGUCAUCAACCUUAAUCUUCUAAAUAAUUGUCCCUAGCAUUUGAUUUUGGAAUUAGGGAAAACAUCCUAGUUUGCUAACCUUUUCGUGGUUAAAAGACUGUGUUUUGUUUUACCUAAUUGUCAGCCAACUGGGCUGAAUUCAACCUACUGUUUUCUGCAAUUACACUUGUUAAAUGUUGUCGAAACUGCAAAACAGCUUAAAGAUCAGUCUUUUUUUUGCUUAAA